GAGGCGAGGGGAGCGGCGGGCAGGCGCGCACCUAGGGCAGCCGCCUUGUGGGCAGUCUGCAGGAGCGAGCGAGCGAGCGGCGGCGAGCCUGAGACCAGGAGAGGCGUGGGGAGGAGAGGCGAGCGCGAGCGCGAGCGCGGAGGACUCGGGGAGGAGGAGCCGGGCUCUGCUCCGGGAGACCUGAGCCCGGCGCGUGGAGCCCGUGCAACCCGAGGGACCCGUUGCGCGCGGAGCAUGAGCCGGCGCCCGGCUGGAGAGCGGCCGGGGGAGACGGCCUCGGAGCAGCCCUGAAGCGCUGGGUUGGGACUGGGACUCCGUGCGCCCGGAGCGCUGGGCCCGGCCGGGGCGCCGGGGGCUGGGAGGGAGCAGCCCGCGCUGGCGGCGGCCACUCCGGCGCAGCGCGAUGGGGAGCCCCCGGGCCGCGCUGCUCCUGCUGCUCGUGCGUCCGGUCAAGCUGCUGCGGAGGCGCUUCCGGCUGCUGCUGGCGCUCGCCCUGGUGUCGCUGGGGCUCUGGACUCUGUAUCUGGAACUGGUGGCGUCGGCCCAGGUCGGCGGGAACCCCCUGAACCGCAGGUAUGGCAGCUGGAGAGAACUGGCCAAGGCUCUGGCCAGCAGGAACAUUCCAGCAGUGGAUCCAAAUCUCCAGUUCUACCAUCCCCAGAGGCUGGGCCUCAAGGACCAAGAUUUGGAGCGAGGCGGGAGCAGGAACAGCAGCUACCUGAAGUGGAAUAAGCCUGUCCCCUGGCUCUCAGAGUUCCGGGGCCGUGUCAACCUGCAUGUGUUUGAAGACUGGUGUGGCAGCUCCAUCCAGCAGCUCAGGAGGAACCUCCACUUCCCACUGUACCCCCAUAUCCGCACAACCCUGAGGAAGCUGGCCGUGGCCCCAAAAUGGACCAACUACGGCCUCCGCAUCUUUGGCUACCUGCACCCCUUCACUGAUGGGAAAAUCCAGUUUGCCAUUGCUGCAGACGACAACGCUGAAUUCUGGCUGAGCCGUGACGACCAGGUCUCAGGCCUUCGGCUGCUGGCCAGUGUGGGCAAGACUGGAAAAGAGUGGACCGCCCCUGGAGAGUUCGGGAAAUUUUGGAGUCAAAUUUCCAAGCCAGUGAGCCUGUCAGCCUCCCAAAGGUACUACUUUGAGGUGCUGCACAAGCAGAAUGACGAGGGCACCGACCACGUGGAGGUCGCGUGGCGACGGAAUGACCCUGGAGCCAAGUUCACCCUCAUUGACUCCCCUUCCCUGUCCCUCUUCACAAAUGAGACGCUCCUAAGGAUGGAUGAGGUGGGCCACAUCCCACAGACAGCAGCCAGCCAUGUAGGCUCCCCGGACGCCCUUCCCAGAGAGGAGCAGCCCCCUGCCGACAUGCUGCGGCCUGACCCUCGGGACACCCUCUAUCGAGUGCCUCUGAUCCCCAAGUCUCAUCUCCGCCACGUCCUGCCUGAUUGUGCCUACAAACCCAGCUACUUGGUGGAUGGGCUCCCCCUGCAGCGCUACCAGGGACUCCGCUUUGUUCAUCUGUCCUUCGUUUACCCCAAUGACUACACCCGCCUGAGCCACAUGGAGACCCAUAAUAAAUGCUUCUACCAGGAAAACACGUACUACCAGGACAGGUUCAGCUUCCAGGAGUACAUCAAGAUUGACCAGCCUGAGAAACAGGGGCCGGAGCAGCCAGGUUUUGAGGAAGCCCUUCUAGAAGAAUCCCAGUAUGGAGAAGCAGCAGAGGAGACCCCUGCCUCCGAUGAGCAGAAUGCCAGGAUGCCAGAGGGAAAACCAGUGCCUACCUCUACCCCUGGGCAGGAGGUCACGGACUACCGCUUCCGAAGCCUGCGGAAACUCCUGGCUCAGCCCCAGGAGGGUCUGCUGUCACCCUUUUCCAAGCAGAACUCCACAGCUCCCUUCCCAUUGAGGACUAGUGACAUCCCAGUCCAACUACCAGAGAAGAGAGAGAGAAAACCCAUCCCUGAGCCCAGCCAAGAUCCACCCCAUUCUGACAAGUGGCUCCCUGGGCACCGGGCAGGGAACCUGCCUCAAGUCAAGCAUCCCAGGCCCACUGAUGACAGUCCUAGGAAGACUCUAGGGCAGUCCCAGUGGCUGAAUCAAGUUGAGUCGUACAUUGCGGAGCAGAGAAGGGGUGACAGGAUGGAGCCUCUGGCCCCCAGGAGGGGUUGGCAUGGGGAGGAGGAGGUGGUAGCAGCUGCAGACCAGGAGGGACAAGUGGAGGGAGAGGAAGAUGGAGAGGAAGAGGAAGAGGAAGAGGAUGUGAAUGAGGGUUUCGAAUAUGUGCCCAUGUUUGACCCAGUGGUAAACUGGGACCAGACCUUCAGUGCCCGGAACCUCGACUUCCAAGCCCUGCGGACGGACUGGAUUGAUCUGAACUGCAACACAUCUGGCAACCUGCUGCUCCCAGAGCAGGAGGCUCUCGAGGUCACGCGGGUCUUCCUGAAGAAGCUCAACCAGAGGAGCCGGGGGAGGUAUCAGCUACAGCGCAUUGUGAACGUGGAGAAGCGUCAGGACCAGCUACGUGGGGGUCGCUACCUCCUGGAGCUUGAGCUGCUGGACCAAGGCCAGCGCCUGGUGAGGCUCUCUGAGUACGUGUCUACGCGAGGCUGGCAGGGCAUCGAUCCAGCAGGCGGGGAAGAUCCCGAGGCCCGGAACCUGCAGGGCCUGGUUUGGAGUCCACACAACCACCGGAGACAAGUCCUGAAUGUCCAGACCCCAGAGCCUAAGCUGUGCUGGCCCCAGGGCUUCUCCUGGAAUCACCGAGCUGUGGUCCACUUCAUCGUGCCGGUAAAGAACCAGGCACGCUGGGUGCAGCAAUUCAUCAGAGACAUGGAAAAGCUGUUCCAGGUCACCAGCGACCCACACUUCAACAUCAUCAUCACUGACUAUAACAGUGAGGACAUGGACAUCGAGAUGGCCCUGAAGAGGUCCAAGCUGCUGAGCUACCAGUACAUGAAGCUCAGUGGAAACUUCGAGCGCUCAGCUGGACUCCAGGCUGGCAUAGACCUGGUGAAGGACCCGCACAGCAUCGUCUUUCUUUGUGACCUCCAUAUCCACUUCCCAGCUGGAGUUGUCGAUACCAUCCGGAAGCACUGCGUGGAGGGCAAGAUGGCCUUUGCCCCCAUGGUGAUGAGGCUGCAUUGCGGGGCCACCCCCCAGUGGCCUGAGGGCUACUGGGAGGUGAAUGGAUUUGGACUGCUUGGCAUCUACAAGUCAGACCUGGACAGGAUUGGGGGCAUGAACACCAGGGAGUUCCGAGACCGCUGGGGCGGGGAAGACUGGGAGCUGCUGGACAGGAUCCUCCAAGCAGGCCUGGAAGUGGAACGUCUCUCCCUCAGGAAUUUCUUCCAUCACUUCCAUUCCAAGCGAGGCAUGUGGAACCGCCGCCAGAUGAAGAUGCCAUGAUCCCUAGGCGUGGCCCACUGGACCGACGGCUUCCUGCUCCUUGACUUGCGGUUGCUCCCCGAGUGCCCCUGUCACUGCUGGAGGAGGAGAGGGAAGGGGAGCAGAAGCCAUGGUUGGGCCCCGAGAGGCCUCAGAGCUAAUAACCCCACUCCGCCAGGAGCUGUCGCCUCACACAGACGGCUGCCGAGGCCCCUCUCUCCACCCUCUGGUCCUUCGAAGGGAGGACUUUGGAACAAGGGCCCGGCUGGCUGCUUGCUCCCAGCCAACGGAGAUGGGGCAGCUCAGGGAGGGCGGCACGAUUAGGUCAAGGAAGGAAAGACCUGUUUGAGCGACACCAUCCUGCUCAGUGAGUGCGAUCCGGGGUCCACCCAAGUGCUCCACACAGAGAGCAGUGACCAGGAUCGGGGAACUCUUCCAUGGGACAUAUUUUCUUAGGGUUUUUAUUUUUUUAACAGAAAACUAAAACUGGAACUGUGCAGACCCAGCACCGACUGUGAGAGAGGGGCGGGGUGGUGCAUUUAGGGAGUGUCCCCACUUGCAUACCUCAGACCCACUCCUGUGUGGAGAUGUGUCCCUCGGUUCUUGACCCGGCAGCUGGUUUAUAACCCGAGGAGCAGCCCUCAGCUCUCCUCUAGGCUCGUGCCUUCCAGAGACACACGUCCCUCCCAGGUGGCCACCGGACAGCUGGCCACCCAUUAGGGCAUUAGCCUUACCCUCCAGGCAGCGCCAACUUCAUACCAACCAGAAACACAGAACGGGCAUCCUCUUCCUGGUGCCACAGCAGGCUUGGGAGACAGGGAACUGGUGGGCUGUGGGCUCAGCCAUCCCCACUGUUCGGACGAGGUGGAGAAGGCAGGGAGGAGAAGCCCUUUUCUGAACCAGCCCCACUGUGAGCUGGGGCCCAGGGGACACUGAAGCCGAGAGGGAAGAGGAUUAGAUGUAAGUAAUCCUUCGACUUAGACGGGAGGGGGUGGGGGUCCAGCCGGAGGGGAUGAAAAGGGAAUGGGAAGCUCAAAUCCUCACAGCCCGGCUUCCCCACAGACUUCCCUCCUGCAGGGAGAGCCCCUGUCACGGCCCUGAGUAGAAGAGGAAGGGGUGUGGGUGAAACGGAACCCUGAAGCAGGGACCAGGGCAGGAAGGGGUGACAGGUUUGGGGAGGUGAGGGCAUCGCCCUGAGCUAUCUCCUCCAAGUGGAAGGGAGCAGGGCCCAGGAGGAAGUGACAAGUGAAGCUGUUUCAGGGAAAAGAGCCCUUGGCCUUGGUGGUCUAGGCCACCCUGUCCAUCCCUUGAUGAUCACGCACUUAUCUUGCACUAAUAAUCCCCAGGUGCCUUUGUGGCGGGGGUUUUUCUACUGCUGCUGGUGCUGCCUCUGCUGCUGGGUUCCCCAGUGGUGCGUUGGACACUGGGCUUUGAACUCAGUGUGUGUUUAGUGAGGUGAGCACAGGGCCCCCUGCUGUGAGGAAGGGUUUAUGGGGGUGCAGCAGGGCCCAGGGCCCAGUCAGCUGAGCCCAAGCUCCAUGCUGUGGCAGGGUCCAGGUGGUGGCCCACUCUCCCUGCUGCGCCCUGCGUUCACCAAGAGCAUAAACUUACACAACUAGAAGGACCUGCAACUAAGAUAUACAACUAUGUACCAGGGGGGAUUUGGGGAGAUAAAGCAGGAAAAAAAAAAAGAGCAUAAACUUGGCAUAUGGGAGAAUGGAGCCUGUUGAGAACUUUCUGGAGGUUGAAGAAAAUCCUGCCUCUAAGAAAUCAAGAAGGACAGAUUUUUCAAUUACAGUCGUGCACCACAUCAUGACGUUUCAGUCAACGGCAGACCGCAUGUACCAUGGUGGUUGCAUAAGAUUAGUACCAUAUGGCCUCGGUGUGUAGUAGGCUAUCCCAUCUAGGUUUGUGUAAGUGCACAUUAUGAUGUUCGCACAUAAACAAAAUCACCUAACGAUGCAUUUCUCGGAACGUAUCCCCGUAGUUAAGCAACACGUGACUGUAAUAUGUGGUGGCUUAUGGCUGCCAUAACUGCCCCCUGGACUAUGGCUUUUUAUGGUCCCUGCUCGGGCUUACUCCCUUUAAGAAAGGGUUGUAGGGAGUAGGUGAGAGCUGCAGUUGGCCGGCUGGGGUGCCGGGUUUCUUUCUGGGGCCACUCCCAUCCUUGGGCAUUGCAGUGGAAGGCCUAAGCCAGCCCACACAGACCUCCUGAUGACAGGAGGCAGCCCAGCCUCCCACGCCCUGCCCACCACCCCCUCUGCCCCUGGCCGUGCCUUGUGUUUGAUGUUUGUUACCUCCACACCAUCUGCCUUAAGCGGGAGGGCCUGACAGGGGCCCUACUCCCUAGGGAAAUGUCUAGGGUCUGGGGGGUGGGAGAGGGAAGUGUUAAAUACAGCA